AUGCCCAGAGCUUUCCUCGUGAAGAAAACUUGCGUUUCUACCGGCAAGAGGAAUUGGAGCGAACUUCCCGAUGAAGAAAGAGGCGAGAUUUACGUCCCAGGUGAGUCUUGGAGGAGAGGGAUCUGGAGUGCGGCGAAACAACGGCCGCCGCGGCUUUAGAAUUAAAAAACCUUUGCUUUCGAGCGAGUUUUAAAUUUUAUUUAUUAUUUGAUUUUUUUAAAAAAAAAAUUGGUUUAGAGAUGAAAAUACCUCCGGGGUGGGGGAGGAAAGGAGAGGAAGGAACCAGGUGGCGCAUAACGGCCACCAUCGUUGGAGGGCAAACUUACGGGCUCCUUCGGGGCUCCGGCGCAUUCCGGAGAGGCUCCGAUCCCCACCCACUUCGUUUCCUGAAGGAAGGAGGGGGGUGUCUGAGGGGAAACUGGGAGGAAGGGGGAGCGCGGUGGGUGAGGGGGAGGAGGAGGAGCAGGAGGAGAUCAUAACUCCGUUCCCCAUGAAUCACCUCCAGGCAAAACAAGGGAAUCGCUGCCUUACUCAUGGCAACUCCCACACAGACCUUUUCUCGGAGCGGAUCGCACCUGCGCGCCGCGCCGGGCCAUCCAGACCUGCCGCUCGCCUGAGAAUGCUGGGAAAGGGCAGUUAUGCGCGACAAGGCUCCGCUCGAUCAGAGCGUGCGGCGUUUAAACACGCCGGCGAAGGGGCUGGUUGGUUGGCAGGGAAGAUCGAGGCGCAAAGGGUGGCGGCGGCGGCGCCUUUUCUAAGAUGGGAUUGGGCGCUGCGGACGCCGCUCUUGCUGCUCCCACGCUAAUUAAACAAAUGCAAACAAGCAAAUUUAGAAGUUAGUUACAAGUCUCGCUACGUGCUACGGAUUGAGGUGUCAGUGUUUCUGCCGUCCGGCGGAGUUUGUGCUGAUUUGGGGUUAAACGGUCUGAAUUUUUUAAAAGGCAUAAACAUUUGAAUUUCUGCAAUAUUUUCACCAGUAAUAAUAAUAGUAAUAAUAAUAAUAAAACAUAGACGACUACUUUGGCAGCCUAGGGCUGUAUCCAACUGAGUCAAGUGCCGGAUUUACGUAUAAGGUCAACAAGCUAUAGAUUAGGGACCCACUCAAUUGGGGGGGGGGGCAAAAAAAAUUAAAGAAAAAAACCCUGGAUGUACAUUUCCAAAAUAUAAGAUAAAAAAGACAAAUAAAAUAAAACCUACAUACAGCAACAGUGUUUUUUGUUGUGUAGGCUCCUAUGUUGUAAGUAAUGGGCCCCCAAUCAUUUUAUGUUCGAGCUUAAUAAUUAUUUCACUGUUAAUAUACUUUUCUUAAUUGUUUUUCAGUUCAACAAUUACUUUGAUAAAAUACAUAUUUUGUUAUGUGCAAAUGGCUUUAGAUACGUAGUAGGUCCAUAAAUUACCAUACUGUAUAGCAUAUAUUCAACACAAAAACAGCGACAAUUUGUUGUUGACAAAGGACAGCUGGACAUAUAAAGGGCCCCAUUACCUUCAGUAGCUUAGGGCCUCAUCAAACCUAAAUCCAGCCCUGAACUGAGUCCUGCUUGGAGUAAACCCACUGAAACCAAUGGACUUUAAGGUAGUGUAGUCAUGGCCAUUGAUUUCUAUGGGCCUAUUCCGAAUAGGACUUAUUUGAAUACAGCCCUUGCUUUCAAGAGAGGGAGACUGCAGGAAUUUGAAGUGGUAUGCAACAGUCAGAAACUGAGCUGGGUGCACAGCAGGAUUCCCAAUGAGUGUGUGUGUGAUUGGCCUGAUGAAUUUCUGCCUGCCCUACAGCUGUGAAACAUGCAGAAAAGCAAAGUAUAACAUAUUUUAAUAAAUCAGUGUAGCUAGGAUUUAUGGCUUUAUGUUGGGGGAAGGCAGAACCGAGCUGUUAAGUACAUUUUUAUUUACUGGAUUUGGGGGGUGGGCAGCUAACCCCCCCCUUCACCCAUGAUAAUCCUCCCACUAACAUACACCAGAAACCUUUGCCUAAUUCUUGCUUCAUAGCAUCUCCACUGCUCACCAUUCUGCAACAGAAUAAAACCCUGCGAGUGAGUUCUGGAUUACAGCCUCUUGCCCUAACUGCUAGGCCCUACUCCUUUCCUUAAUACAGGGUCCAGAACGAUAGUUAGUGCAGUAACUACUGGGUGUCACUUCCCUUCAGGGAGCAAGCAACAGAGAGGAAGAAACUGCAUCUUGACUUUCCCCUCUAAUUACUCUGCCCUUGCGCCCUAGUCCAGUGUUUUUUGGCUUUGGCCCCCCAGUUUCUGUUGGACUACAACUCCCAUCAACCACAGCCAGCUUAGCCAACGGUUAGGGAUGGUGGGAGUUGUAGUCCGGCAACAUGCAGGUUGCACCCAAGGUGAAAGAACGCUGCUACAUGUUUGUCACUUCAUUUUACUUCCAAUAAUUAUAGGCCACUUUUCAUCACAGAGUGUCACCACCAAUAAAACAAUUGAUCAGGUAAUGCUGUGUUGAAAACGAAAACUACAGGCAGAUUGUGGGGGCGGGGGAAUCAUAAACAGGCGUAGUACAACCUGCUUGAAAUGGUCUUUGAAGUGGAAAGGUCUUAGUCAAGCACAUCUCAGGAGGGAGGGAAUUCCACAGAACUGGGUCCACAGAACUGAAUGCUCCGUUCCUGGUGGAUACGAUGAGCUUCUCAUCUGAGACCACAAACAGAAACGCCACAAGAAGAUCUCAUUGAUUGGGCAGGAGGCUAAGGGAUCAGGUGGUCCUGAGGUUAUCCUGGACCCAAGUUUGUAAGUUAAUAGAAGAACCCUGAACUUGACGCGACCACAUUACUGUAUGAGAUCAUUUCCGUAAGGGUAGCUCUGCCAGACUGUGUACACACCAUAUAUUUAAAGCAUAUCCUGGGAACGCUAGCUUGUUAAGGCUGCUGGGAACUGUAGUUUUGUGGGGGGUAAACUACAGUUCCCAGGAGUCUCUGCAGUACGUGUGCUUUAAACAUAUGGUGUGUGCACAGCUUUAGUCUGUGGUAACAGCAGUCUUGUGACAUCUUCAAAAACAAGCACAUUUAUUACAGCAAUACGGUGGUGCGGUUAAGUAAUUUUACAGUCUGGUUACAUGGGGAGGGUGCCCCAUCUUAAGACAGUAAUGUGUGUUCCUUGACUGACUUUGGUUGGAAUGUGGAAGCCAGCCCUUCUGUGUGGGGUUUUUUUUUGGGGGGGGCAUUCCUGGUCAUUCUACCGAGUGGGGACCUGGGCUUCUCCCGCUAAUGGCACUACUUGUGGCGUAGGUUUUGCAACUCACACUUCGCUUUGAUGAGAUGCAUGCUGCAUAAUCCUCUGUUGGCAGGUGCAUAUACAGUGGUACCUCGGGUUAAGUACUUAAUUCAUUCCGGAGGUCUGUUCUUAACCUGAAACUGUUCUUAACCUGAAGCACCACUGUAGCUAAUGGGGCCUCCUGCUGCCGCCGCACUGCCGGAGCACGAUUUCUGUUCUCAUCCUGAAGCAAAGUUCUUAACCCGAGGUACUAUUUCUGGGUUAGUGGAGUCUGUAACCUGAAGUGUAUGUAAUCUGAAACGUAUGUAACUCGAGGUACCACUGUACACUGUAUGGGGUAGUGGGAGAAUCUUGAGGUGUGUAAGAGACGGAAUCAUAGCAUUGGCAGGGAUGAUGAGGGUCAUCUUGUCCAAUCCCUGCAAUGCAGGAAUCUUUCGAACCCACAACCUUGAGAUUAAGAAUCUCGUGCUCUACCAACGGAACAUAAGAAGAGCUUGACUGCUGCCAGAUCAAGCCAAAAGCCCAUCUGGCCUAGCCUCCAGUGGCCAGCUCCUGGUGACUGGUAUUCAGUGGUAGACUGCCCCUGACUUUGGAGGUUCCAUUUGGCGAUCGGGGCUAUGAGGCCACAGAGAGCAGCAAGGUGGUCAUGAAGAGAGCGGGGUGGUGGUGGUGGUGGCACCUGGCUUGGUGAUGGAGGGGGAGCCCAAAGGAAUUAGGCGGACGCCUGGCGCUCUGCUCGUAAACCUCCCUGUCUGUCUUGGCAAGCAUCACAAGGCCUGACUUGAGAGUCUGUAAUUAGCUUUUAAUUAAUCACGCUGGAAGCCUGCUCCUGGUUUCCUCAAUAGAUUCCAAUGUGCUGACACGGGGAAAAGAAUUCCACUGGUUCCUGCUGGUCCUCUGCUGAGGACCAAAAGGAAAACAGCCUGCCUUUCAUCUGUCUACGAGCUGUAUUAGUUCACUAGCAAAGUGUUUCCGCGGGGAGUCUGGGUUAAAGAUAACAGGAGGGAAAUUGAGGCUGUGUGUGUGAGACACACACAAUUACUUUGCUAUAUCCUGAAUAUCCUGCCUUCUCUACAAGGAGCUCAAACUAGUGCACAUGAUGUAGUAUGGGGGUGAUUAGAGUGUUGGCCUAGGACCUGAGAGACCAGGGUUCGAAUCCCCACUCAGCCAUGACACUUGCUGAGGUGACCUUGGGCCAGUUGCUGUCUUUCAGCCUAACCUACCUCACAGGGGUGUUGUGUGAAUAAACUGGGGGACAGCCAUGCACACCACCUUGAAACCUCCACCAUGAAAAUAAAACAUCUGCCUCUCCCUGUGAGGUUGAGAGGAAGUUGUGUGCUUCAUGGCUAAGUAGGCACUGGAACUCAAUCUUUGGGGUCCUAGUCUGACACUCUAACCACUAGGCCAUGCUGCCUCUCCCCCCACUACCUCUUUUGAGGUAGCUUGGGUGGGGUCACUCCCUCUCUUGAGGGUGGUCUGUAGCCUUACUUCAGAGGUUGUUGGAGAACAACUGCCAUCAGCCGUUGCGGAGUUCGAAUCUCACAACAGCCGCAGGUUGUUCAGUUUCCUCCUUCCUGAUCUUGAUUGCAAGCUCUCUGGGGCAGAGGCCUGUGUUUGUGCCUCUGCUUCUCUACAAACAACCACACCGUGCCUUCUCGAAGUCCCACAUUCUGACGCUCCAUCCCACUCUCCUGUAAUUGUGUCACAUGCUAGUGUGACCAAGAAAGUGAACCUGGGGCGGAGCUAUGCAGAUUAAGGUCUAGGGCUGGGGAAAGUUACUGGGCCACCAGUGAUGAGGAUAUUUGAUCUAGCCCCCUCCCCAAUUACAGCUAAUAAUAAUAAUUUAGUAUUUAUACCCCACCCAUCUGACUGGGUUACCCCAACCACUCUGGGCGGCUUUCAACAUAUAUAAAAACAUAAUCAAACCAUACCCUCCAACAUUUCUCUGAUGAAAAUAGGGACGUCCCAUUCCAUAAUGAUAAUUUUACCAUUUAUAAACCCACACAUCUUAUUGGGCUGGCCACUCUGGGCAGCUUCCAACAUAAAUAAAAACAGUGCUUUUUUCUAAAAACAUAUUUAAGGGUACUCUCAUUUUCCUACUCAUAUUGAAAUAUUGUCCCUCAAUGAGGCCAAACUUAGAUUCACAAAAUGUUAAGGGGUAUGCGUACCCCUGCGUCCCCCCAGAAAAAAGCACUGUAUAAAAACAUAAUAAAACAUUAAACAUUUUUUUAAAAAAUCCUUAUAUAUGAUUGCCUUCAGAUGGCUCUGUGGUCAGAUAACUCCAUACCCUCCAACAUUUCUCCAAUGAAAAUAGGGGCAUCCUGAGGAAAAGUGGAACAUUCCUAGAUCAAAUAAGAAACCGGGACGUGUUCUUUAAAUCAGGGAAAUAGGGUCACUGGAAAAUAGGGGCACUUGGUGGGUCUGUAAAACAUUACACAUUAAAAAGCUUUCCUAUACAGGGCUGCCUUCAGAUGUAUUCUUAAGGUUAUAUAGUUACUCAUCUCCCUGACAUCUGAUGGGAGGGCAUUCCACGGGGUGGGUGCCACUACCAAGAAGGCCCUGUGCCAUUUCCCCCCCCUACAGUGCCAGGCUGGAGAGCCUCUGGCCUGCCAGAUGUGGCUGGACUCCAACUCCCAUCAGCCCCAGCUAGCAUAGCCAGUGGUCAGGAAUGAUGGGACUGUAGUCCUGGCAAGAUCUGGCAGGCCACUGAAUAGAGCAGGCAUGCUGCCUGGGGGAGAGAGUGAUGAGUGUAAGGAGCCCAAAACACCUGGAGGGGGCACCAAGUUGGGGAAAGGGUGCUAAACUAAUAAGCUGUCAGGGAGGAUGCUGUGACGAUGAGGUUAAAAACUACCUUCCGCCGCUGGCAUUGGGUGCCUUGGCCCUUCCUGCUGGUGUUCCCACAGGGGAGACCAACGUGUCCCAGUCACACAGUCCCCUUUUCAUAACGCUGGGUACUUUGCUAGUCACAGCAGCGGGAUGCUAUAACUAAUUGUUCUAGUUGUGCAUAUUGGGGGGGUUCUGUGAAAAAAGCACUCUGUACCUGCUCAGAGACACUAAGAAAUUACUUUUUUAAAAAAGGAAAGAAAGCGGAGGAUCUGGAGAGGAUGGUUAUUUUAUUUUACUAUUCUUUUUAUAUCCCACCUUUUCUCCAAAGAGCUCAAUGUGGCGUUGAGCUGAGGUCCCUUUGCCCCCCCCCCAAGACAAAUAUUUGAGGAGGCUGCCCCCCCCAAGUUGAUGGGCAUUGUCAUUCAAAUGGUGUGUGUGCGCUGCAUCUUCUGAUUGAUGCAGGGUGGGGUUUACCUGCCCCCCCCAAAUAUUUUAUUCAAGUUGGCACCCCUGGAUGAUAUACACAGUUCUCCCCCUCUCUGUUUUAUUCGCACAACAACCCUGUGAGGGAGGUUAGGCUGAGAGACAGUGAGUGGCUCAAGGUCACCCAGUGAGUUUCACGGCUGAGCAAGGAUUUGAACCCUGGUCUCAGGUCCCAGUCUAACCCUCUGGCCUCUGUUCCUUGCUUCAUCCCCCCCCCUCCAUUGAUGACCACACUUCUCUCCUUUUUGUGGAACUUUGAAAAAUAGCAGCUUUGAUUGCGGCUCAGUUGGAACCUUGGUUCAGCUCUGGAACGUGCCAGGUGGUACAAUGCCUCUGAGCACGUGCAGAGGUGCUGAGUACCUGCAGCCAGCCCUGACACAUAUACAGUGGUACCUCAGGUUAAGUACUUAAUUCGUUCUGGAGGUCCAUUCUUAACCUGAAACUGUUCUUAACCAGAAGCACCACUUUAGCUAAUGGGGCCUCCCGCUGCCGCAGCACUGCCAGUGUGCGAUUUCUGUUCUCAUCCUGAAGCAAAGUUCUUAACCCCAGGUACUAUUUCUGGGUUAGUGGAGUCUGUAAGCUGAAGCGUCUGUAACCCGAGGUACCACUGUAUCUGCAAUUAAUAUGGGGGUGGGGGGUGGGAAGGAAGAGAUGUGACUUUCCAGGGAGAUUUAAGUUCCAGACCCUCCUUUCAAAUUGCAACUGCUUCGGAACAAAACAGUUUCAUCAAACUCUUUUUAAUUAAAGAAGGGGGGGGGGGGGAGGAACACCCUGACAAAUUUGACAGGCUUCAAAUAGCUUGCCAGUUCACUCCGGGCUCCUUGACAGAUAAAUCAAAAUGAAACUUAAUACUGUUUCCGUGCGAAGAAAGUGGCUCAAAGAAAAUGUGCAGAGAUUUUUCUUUUUUAAAAAAGUUUGGUACAAAUGGGUUCUCCAGUCUGCAAGGUGUAUCUGAAACUUUGCUUAGGUUUUUUUCCUUUUAAUAUAAUUAUUGUUGAUCAGCCCCAUUUUGGCUACUGAUCAGCCUUUGGCUGGCCAUUGAUCAGCCCUUUUCUGCAGACCCGGUGAGGAUAGCUUGGGUUUGGGCAUCCUUUGUCUCCACGUUGCCUUUUAGCCUGGCUUGUUGUGUCCUGAGCCUUUUGUGACUCCCACUUGGCCGCUGCCUAGUGCUGAGGUGUUCUUUCUCUUUCCAACGGAGCGGAGAAGAACGGGAAGGCCGGGAAGAUGUGCUUCCAGUUGGUUGGAGGGCGAUUGCAACAUGUGCCCUCCCCCCCCCCGCUUCCCCCCCCCAGGCAGGUGACAGGAGAUGGAAUUGUGGCGCCGGCCCGGAAACGCUUAAUUAACUACUGGGCUGGGUUGGACUUUCCAAUAACAUCCCGGUUAACCGGUUCUGAGCUGUUUACUUGCUGUUACAGCUGAUCCCGGGUGGUGAGGAUGAUAGUGGAAGGGAAGGGGGUCAGUUGUGGUGGUGGGAUGGAGAAGGGAACCCCCUGACAUUUUCAGUUGUGUUCCUGUAAUGAGGACUAGCGCCUUUGGGGGGGGGGAGAUGGGUGUUACGUGUUAUUCUACGCUUCCUGUCUCCGUGUGUUUUCAGUAUUGCAUCCACUUACUCCACUCCUUAAUUAGCCACUUAAUUAAAAGUUAGGCUAUGUACACCUUUAAAGCACAUUCAGAGCACAUUCAUUCCCCCUCAAAGAACACUGGCCACUGUAGUUUGUUAAGGGAGGCUGGGAAUUGUAACUCUGUUUGUGUGUGUGGCGGGGGAACUACAGUACCCAGAAUUCUUUGAGGGAAAGGAUGUACUUCAAAUGUGUUUUAAAGAUAUAGUGUGUACAUGGCCUUAGUUUCAAGGCAGGUUUGAGGAAGCCUUUUGCAUGUUCUCGGAGUCCCGCUCACAUUGGUCCCAGCCAGCAUGGCCAAUGUCCAUUUUUUAUUAUUUUUAUUAGAUUUAUAUAAACCACCCUUCAUCGAAAGAUCUCAGGAUGGUUCACAAGAUAAAAACACAAGAAAACACACACAAAUAAAUAGUCAAAACAGAAGCAACGAAACAGUAACCCUCCUUCCCACAAACACAUUUAAAAUACUUUAGAAUAUUAAUUGGGGAUAAUGGGAGUUGUUGUUGCGGUGGCGUGGGCCACAGGUUCCCCAUCUCUGGAUUAAGUGAACACAUAUUAUAAUCCUGUACCCCUUUACCUGGAAAUAAUCCCCAUUGAAUUCAGUGGAACUAUGCAGUGAGGAACCUGCAGCCUUUUCAGUCCCAGCCAGCCUGGCCAAUGGUCGAGCAACAUGCCAUGGAUGCUCUAGUUGAGAUCCCUGCAUUGCAGGAGGUUGGACUUUAUGACCCUUGGGCCAUGUUAGAAAUUAGCCAGACGCAUUUUGCUACUGCUGUGGGUCCAGUUGCAACUAGCUGUAGAUUUCUGGGCACCAGGUUGGUGACCACAGUUUAAAAACUUCUGCCUUAAUCCAUGGAGACCCAUGUUUGGGAAACCUUGACCAGGGGGGACAAGAUGGCACUUCUCAGAUCCUUGAAGGCCUAUUGCAGCAGUGAGGAACGUCUUGCCUUCCAGAGAUUCUUGGACCACAACAACUUCCACCAUCCCUACUCCUUAGCCCUACUUGCUGGGGUGAGUUGUGGUCCAACAACAUUUGGAGUGCAACAGGUUCCCCACUGCUGGCCUGUCACCUCCGUGGACUCAAAGACUUGCUUCCUGCUGCUGUCCCAGAGGGCAGGUCUAACUUAAUGGGAUUGAGUUACAGGACAGGAGAUUUCGGCUGAAGGCCAGCAGCUGGGAAGGGCAAGCAGAGAGAGGGGCUGUUGCACCCAGGUCCUGCCCGCAGGCUUCCUAUUGGGGCAUCUGCUGUGAAUGCUGGACUGGAUGCAGCGUGACUGUUUCCAUGUUCUUGUACCAGUGGAAGUGACCACUCCCUUUCCCACCUUGCAGUCUCCUUGGGCGGCUAUGCCCUGUGGAAGGAUUUGGAGCCUUCGGUGGCUGAGCCGCCGUCGUACCCGAUGCCUUUGGACAUGACGAUACGGAGCUCCACCUACACGGCUGCCCAGCCCCAUUGCACAGCCCAGGUCCCAAGUGGGGUGCAUCAGGAUGAAGAGCCAGGGUUCUUGCACCCCAAGAUCAAGGUAUGACCUGAUAAGAGGGGGAGAUGUCCUACGUUUGAAGGGAUUUCAGGUAGCUGCUAGUGGGAAGGGUCUGUUAGAAAUUAGCCAGGCGCCAGGCGCGUUUUGCACCUGGCUUCCAGCCAUUUGCGACCAAGUGAAGAUUCCUGGGCUCCAGGAAGGCGCCUGACAUCUCCACCAUCUGGAGGAGUAUGCGUGGGGAUCCUUGGAUCUUGACUGUUUUCACACACUAAUACCCCAUCCUGUAGAAUUCUAUUUUAUCUGCACAAUCUGCGGGCAGCUGCCCAUGCCUCCCUCUGGCUCCAUGUGUGCAAGUGAGUCUCACGAAGCCUCUUCCAUCAUCUUUUCUCUGCAGGUGACGCAAGGCGACGGCCCGGGGGAGCAGUUCUCCUGCCCCUACUGCAAGAAGGGCUUCUCCUACCAGCGCAUGCUGAACCGCCACUUGAAAUGCCACAGUCAGGUGAAGCGCCACCUCUGCCCCUACUGCAACAAGGGCUUCAACGACACCUUUGACCUCAAGCGCCAUGUCCGGACGCACACAGGUGAGCUGCGGUCCUCUCUUACUUGAGAGCAGAGUUGAGGCAGGCCGGUGAAGAAGCACGGGUGUCUCCCCCUCCUGCUGCGACAAGCUCCUCUCCCCACUGGUCUCCCAGGACCAGGAGAGGCGUGAAACGGGAGGAGCAAAGUCAGGCAUGCUGGCGUAGUCUCAGAUUGCUUGGGGAAAACUCUGGAGAGGCGUAGACUUAGGCAGCUGCAGGACGGAGGGGACCUUUAGUCUCAGCAACUGCCUCAUAGGGUCAAGACCUACUGGAGAGAGCUGCUCCGCUAGGUCUUGCCCCCAUGGAGUUGCUUACUCUUCUCUACUAUGCAGCAGUGAUUCAUUUAUGGAUCUGCCCUAGUUCAGUAGCAGCUGCAAAAGUACCACACCCUUCUGUGUACACGUAAAAGUGCUCUGCUUUUUGCAGCAGUUACUGAUCUGCCUGCCCAAAGACGAAUGAGAGGGGGUGCCAGCCUAAGAAGAAGGUGCUUUAAUACCAUUUGGAAAGUUGAAAUGGAGCACACUCUGCUGUUGUAAGAAACAGGUCUUUCAGUGUGCCAGCACCUGUACUUUGGAACUCCCCGCCUAUUGAUAUCAGACAGGAACCUUCCCCGUGCCCUUUUCAGCGCCUGCUGAAAUUGUUUUUGUAUAUGCAAGCCUGUCCGGGCAUGUAUGAGUUGUCAUGUGUUUCCAUCUGGUUUUUAGCUUGUCAUUGAUUUUAAUUAACUUUUUUUAAAAAAAAAAGUGUUUAACUCUUUUUCUGAUAAUCUCAUUGUUUCAAACAACACAUUCAAACUUUCCGAUUGCACUGUUUCUCCUGCCCAAAUGCCUCUGUGUUUUGGGUCCACCGGUGCACUAAAAAAAGACUUUUGUUUCCCACUCCUUGCAGGCGUCCGCCCUUACAAAUGCGACCUCUGCGACAAGGCUUUCACCCAGCGCUGCUCGCUGGAGUCUCACCUGAAGAAGAUCCAUGGGGUGCAGCAGAGCUACGCCUACAAAGAGCGCCGCGCCAAGCUGUACGUCUGCGAGGAGUGCGGCUCUACAGCAGACAGCCAGGAAAGCCACUUGCGCCACCUCCAGGAACGUCACCCUGACAGCCCGCUGCUGCGCAAGGCCACACGCAAGACGGCUGCUGCUGUCCACGCCGGCGCGGCACCCACUCUGCUGCAGGGGGGGCCUUGCCUCUGA